AUGCAGAAAAAAAAUGGCUACAAUCAAGGGAGGCGAAGGACUAAUAGCAGAACAAGUAUGGCUCAAAGAGAAGAUGUGAUUAGGAGGACAGUGUAUGUUUCUGACAUUGAUCAUCAGGUUACCGAAGAGCAACUUGCUGCCCUCUUCAUUGGCUGUGGUCAGGUUGUGGAUUGCCGUGUUUGUGGUGACCCUAAUUCUGUGCUUCGUUUUGCAUUCAUUGAGUUCACUGAUGAGGUGGGUGCAAGAAAUGCCUUGAGCUUAGCAGGAACCAUGCUUGGGUAUUAUCCAGUCAGAGUGUUACCUUCCAAAACCGCAAUAGCUCCUGUUAAUCCGACAUUCUUGCCAAGAUCUGAGGAUGAAAGAGAGAUGUGCGCAAGAACUAUUUAUUGUACAAACAUUGAUAAAAAGGUCACUCAAGCAGAUGUCAAACUCUUCUUCGAAUCCAUUUGUGGCGAGGUCUACCGCUUGAGAUUGCUUGGUGACUAUCAUCAUUCAACUCGUAUAGCUUUUGUUGAGUUUGUAAUGGUGAGACCUACAGUUUCUCAUUUAUUUCUGUUUGACGUGUAUCAAGUCAUAUGA